AUGUCGCCACCACAAACAGGUCAAGCGACUAGAGGACGUUCCAUUGAGGCGAAAGCAACCACGGACAUCAAAGAGUUAUCUAGUCCUCCAACAAAAUCCACUGCUGCCAAACACAGUGGACACAGAUCCCCUGUUUCACGAAGUGAAGUAUUCAUAGAACAAGUGAAGGCUGAUCCAAAUCCGACGAUAAGGACCCUAGUAAAAAUUGAGCCCACCACUGCUACAGCUCCGAUCAAGCCCAAUAGUCUACAAAAUGAUCCAACAAGUGCUGAUUCAGCGACAGAGGACAUGACGACAUCAAUCCCAGUCAAAAGUCCGCCCAUCACGACCGAUUCAGUUCCGACUAAGCCAGCUAGUCAGCAAAAUGUACCACAAAUUGGCGGUUCAGCAACGACGGACUUGACAACAGGAAUCCAGAUCAAAACUAAGUCCACCUCCAGUGGAGUUGCAUCGAAGCCCACCAGUCCGCAACAUGAACUAGCAACUGGUGAUUCAGCAACAACGUACUCGCAAAGUGUCGACAGUAUUGACCUUUCCAUCACUAGUGGAGUUGCAUCGAAGCCCACCAGUCCGCAACAUGAACUAGCAACUGGUGAUUCAUCAACAACGGACUCACAAAGUGUCGAGAGUAUUGACCUUUCCAUGACCAGCCUAGUUGCAGCGAAGCCCACUAGUCCGCAAAAUGGACCAACAACUGGUGAUUCAGCAAGUGUCGAGAGUAUUGACCAUAUUUCCAUCAGUCAUCGAACGAAAACAAGCCGACCUAAAAGUGAUCAUAGUCCAACACGUCGGACUGGGAAUCGGACUCCCACGGGCAAACCCAAAGGCUUUUGCACCCCAGUGCAGAUGAGUAAUCUAUUGGUCGUCAAUCAAAUGAACUCUGAUAAUGAUCCUUCGGAAUCCAAUCAUGAUGAUGACGAUCUUCGAAUCCUUCAGAACGCGGACGGUCUCAAAAACUCGCAUAGCGGGAGCGGUGAUAGCAUGUCGACUCGGAGGAGUAGUAUGGGUGGAAGCCAGCGCAGCUUUAGUUUCCUGGUAACAACGCCAAGCAUUCCAGAAG